AUUACACAAUCAACCAUCUGCACCCCACGAUUUGCAACAGCCGACUCUGCAGUUUAGUUGAACCCGUCUCUACUCACAGGCUGUGGUUGGGCAGUUUUUUCGUGUGUAACUUUAACAACAUUUGAGAAAUGGCAGAACAAGAGCUUUUCAACGUGAGGAGUAAGUUUGUGGAAAAGGCAUCCAAAGAACUCAUCAAUCAGCUGCUGGAUGACAUUUUAGGGGAUCGUAUCGUGAACGUUGGGGAGAAGGACUCAAUAAUUGAGGAAAACCAGAGCAAAGCAGACAGGGCUCGCUGUCUCAUUGACACAGUGAGGAACAAAGGAAAUGACGCCAGCAGGAAGCUGAUCGCUCACAUUCAAAUUAGAGAUCCUGCACUUUACUCCACCCUGGGUCUGUCCUCCGGUCAGCCUGCUCCUCCAGAAACCCCGGUGGAGCAGAAAUGGUCUGAGACAGUCAUCAAGACCACUGAGGAGUUUUGGAUCGAGAAGCAGAAGGAUAAAGAUGUUUACCCUGCAGCCAAAAGUUCCAUUAGGAAUCGUGUGGCCUUGCUAAUCACUAAUAUAAAGUUUACUGAUAAGAAAUGGAACAGAAGUGGAGCUGAGACAGAUGAGAAGAACAUGGAGAAGCUGCUCACAUGUCUGGGAUACGAGGUGGUGAAACACACAAACCUCACAGGAAAGGCGAUUGAUGACUCUAUAAUUAAGUUCUCUAAACUUCCGAAACUCAAAGAGACAGACAGCGUGGCGGUCGUCAUUAUGUCUCACGGGAAACAGGAUGUCGUCAUCGGUGUCAACCACACUGAGACAUCUAGUGAUGAGUUCCCCAUCAACAACAUUUACACACACUUGGGCUCAAAGGAAUGUCCAGCGCUGCUGGACAAACCCAAGAUCAUUAUCAUCCAGGCCUGCAGAGGAGGCGAGGAAGGAUCAGUACUUGUGAUCGACAGUGCAAACUCAGCUCUGGACUGUGAUGAUGUGAAUCAGCCAGGUUCAUUCCUGUUUGCUGGUGGAGAAAACAUAGAGGAUGAUGCUUUACGACUUGCACACAAAGAAAAAGACUUCAUUUCUCUUCUUUCCUGCACCCCUGAUACGGUCUCAUAUAGACACACAUGUAGUGGGUCUUUAGUGAUCCAGUUUGUGGUUAAGGUCUUUAACACCUUUGCAUGUGAGAAUGACAUCGAGGAACUUUUCAGAAAAGUCCUGCAGAGCUUCGAAGCCUUUCCUUUACAGAUGCCAACCAAAGACAGAUGCACUCUGCUGAAGCGUUUCUACUUCUUUCCAGGUAUCUGAGACAGCAAACAGAGGUUGCAACGCUUUUCUCAGGCGCUACAUGAUAAAAAGAUAAAAGCUAUGCAUUGAUUACUGAAUGAGCCCGGGUGCAUCCAUCCAUCCAUGUAUCACAAAGUUGGCACAUAAAGAAUUAUUUCAAGUUGAUAGAAUUGGCA